CCCAUAGCAUAAACAUGUCUUCCUCGUUCCUUUUCUCUGUUUUCUUCUUCACUAUCAUCUUAUUUUCAUCAUCUUUCGUUGCUGAAUCCAGCGUACCUUCUUCAAACACCUUCAAAUUCACAAAUGAAGGAGAGUUCGUAAUGUAUGUUGCCGAAUAUGGUGCUACUUUCCGUGCUCUCUCUCUGUAUAAUUCUCCUUUCCAACUUUGCUUCUAUAACACCACUCCUAAUGCAUUUACACUUGGUUUGAUGAUGGGAGAUAAGACAGAUUCCACCAUGAGAUGGGUUUGGGAAGCCAACCGUGGAAAGCCAGUUGGUGAAAAGGCAACCUUGUCAUUCGGCAAAGACGGUAAUCUUGUAUUGGCCGAUGCUGCUGGUAAAAUCGCUUGGCAGACCGGUACAGCUAAUAAAGGUGUUGUGGGUGUUAAGAUCUUAUCAAACGGUAAUAUCGUGCUUUACGAUAGUCGUGGAAAAUUUAUCUGGCAGAGCUUUGACCAUCCAAGUGAUACUCUUUUGGUUGGUCAAAGUUUACGAGCAAAUGGUCCGAAUCGAAUAGUUAGUCGUUUAUCUAAUGAUGAUGGAUCUGAGGGUCUUUAUAGUUUUGUUCUGGAAAAGAACAGACUGAAUUUAUAUCUCAAGGGUAAAAACCUUAAGAAGCCAGUACUUUACUACACAUCUGACUGGUUUGAUACCGGUACUCAAGGACCAAUGACUGAAGCCUUGUUCAGCACCGCACCAGAAUCCGAAGAAGCUCAUGCAUAUGAACUAACAUUUCAGUUUUUUGUAGCUAAUUCUUCAGCAGGAACAUCAAUCUUGGGUAGACCCAAUUACAAUAGUACAUUGUCCUUCCUCCGAUUAGGAUACGAUGGUAACCUGAAGAUCUACACAUAUUACGACAAAGUUUCAUAUGGUGCUUGGGAAGUGACGUUUCGUAUGUUUAACUUAAGAACCGGAGAAGGAGGUGGAAGCGGCGGUAUAAGCCAGUGUAAGUUACCGAGCAGGUGUGGAUCUUUUGGUGUAUGUGAAGAUGAACAAUGCGUUGCUUGUCCAACAGCUAAGGGAUUACUAGGGUGGACCAAUAACUGUGCACCUCCAGCCCAGCGUAAAUGCGAGAAUGGUAAGGCCAACAAAGUGGAUUAUUUCAAGGUCGUGGGUGUUGAACAUUUCACAAGUGAUUAUAGUGAAGGCGAAGGAUCCUUGAAAUUGGAUGCAUGUAGAGAUAAGUGCAGUGCAUAUUGUGAGUGCUUAGGCUUUUUCUACAAAGAAGAAUCGGCAAAGUGUUUGUUAGUCCCAGUGCUUGGAACUUUACACAAAGUAGCAAACACUUCUCAUGUUGCUUACAUUAAACUUUAAUUACAUCCUUAAUAUAUCCUAGUGCCUGUUGAGUUUGGAGUUUUCAGCUUUAUGUAAUAAUGUUACUUAAGAUUUCAGCUUUAUGUAAUAAUGUUACUUAAGAGAAAUCAAUGAAAAUCUGGCUAAGUAAUGGGUUUUGAGCGCAUAUGUUA